UCUGUGGCACGGAAAGGGUGCCAUCCUACGCCGUGGUUUACUUUUCUGACGUUUUGCGUUUAUUAUGUAGGAGGAGCCGGAGCACUGACACGUAACAAUCUUAGGUAGCUACAAUAUAACCGGACAGCGUAGGGACUAGACGGGCUGUACCUACACUUCCGAUGGGAAAGAGUUGAUGAGUUGUUAGCUACGAAGCUAGCUAACAGUUUUAGAAAGCAUCGUUGAGUAUUGUGAUUUUAAAGGGAUCCGCGAGGGGAGCGGAGGCACCUUUCAUCGUUGCCAGCAGCAGUAAAACAAUGAGAUUUUCCAUGUUAAUUUCUCUGAUUAGGCCGAUCGGGCCGGUGGUUAUCGGCAUUUCUUUGGGAUUUACCCUGAGUUUGCUUAGCGUGACGUGGGUGGAAGAACCGUGCGAUUCCGAUUCGAAAAACGCCGAUGAAGUGGUUUUGGCUCAGGAGGGAAAUCUGAAAGGUGCUAGGAGACCAAACUCGAUAUCCACUGGAAACGCGGAAAAUGGGGACACGGAGGAGGAUUUUGAACCUAGAAUCGUCCCCUACAAACCAGUAAAACAAAGUCAACCGAAGAAAGUUUUCAGGGCCAAGUACAUCAGCACCGAGCUGGGCAUCCGGGAACGCCUCUUCGUGGGCGUCCUGACCUCCAAGAACACCAUCAACACGCUGGGCGUGGCCGUCAACCGCACCAUCAGCCACCACCUGGACACCGUGGUGUUCUUCACGGGCACGCGGAACCGGAAGAUUCCACACGGCAUGUUCGUGGUGACGCACGGGGACGAGAGGCUGAUCUGGAACAUGUUCCAGACGGUGCGCUACGUACUGGAGCACCACGUCGCCGAGUACGACUGGUUCUACUUCGUGCAGGAUGACAGCUACGUGGAGGCGGACCGGGUGAAGGCGCUGGUGGGACACCUCAGCAUGGACCGCGCCCUGUACAUGGGCAGCCCCGAGGAGUUCAUCGGGGGGGAGACGGAGGGCAGGUACUGCCUCGGGGGGUUCGGGUACCUGCUGUCCCGCACCCUGCUGCUGCGCCUCAAACCCUUCCUGGAGAACUGCCGAAACGACAUCCUGAGCGCCAGGCCCGACGAGUGGCUCGGUCGCUGCGUCAUCGACUACGGCGACACCAACUGCGUGGACGAGUACGAGGGGCUCCAGUACUAUCACUUUGAAAUGGGCAAAAACUCGGACCCCAGUAAAGAGGACAGUUUGAACUUCCAGAACGCCCUGACUGUGCACCCAGUGUCCGACCCCGAGCAGAUGUACAGGCUGCAUAAGCACUUCACGGAGAUCGAGCUGGAGAGAACGUACAGCGAGAUUGAGAAACUGCAGGCGGAAAUUAGGAACAUCAGCGAAGUAGCGAUCGAUGGCAACCGGAGCGCCCACUGGCCGAUCGGCAUCAACCCGCCCUUUGACCCCAAGACGCGUUUCGAGGUGCUCAGGUGGGACUACUUCACCGAGGAGCAGGUGUACUCCUGUGCCGACGGCUCCCCGAAGUGCGAGCUCCGCGGGAUCGACAAGGCGGACGUGACCGACAUCAUCGAGACCGCCAUGGGCGAGCUGAACAGGAAGUACAAGCCCGUGCUGCACCUUAAGAAGCAGCAGCUGAUAAACGGGUACCGCCGCUUCGACCCGACCCGCGGCAUGGAGUACACGCUGGACCUGCAGCUGGAAGUGGUCACGCAGAAGGGGCGGAGCCGAUCCAUCACCAAGCGCGUGCACCUGGUGCGGCCGCUCAGCCAGAUCGAGAUCAUCCCCAUGCCCUACGUCACCGAGGCCACCCGCGUCCACAUCAUCCUGCCCAUGACUGUCCACGACCGCGAAUACGUCAACCAGUUCCUGGAGGUCUAUGCUGCUAACUUCUUUGAGACCAGUGAGAACGCCGUCCUGACCUUCCUCUUCAUCUAUGACCCUUUCGAGGCCCAGCAGGUCAGCCAAAACGACAUCUUCGGCGAUGUCAAGGCAAAGAUCAAUGCCUAUGAGCGCAAGUACCCCGUGGUCAAGAUCCCGUGGAUCAGUGUGAAGACCGAGGCCCCAUCCCAGAUCAAGAUCAUGGACAUCAUCUCCAAAAAGCACCCCGUGGACACGCUCUUCUUCGUUGCCAGCGUCAACACCAAUGUCAACUCCGAGUUCCUCAACCGCUGCAGGAUGAACUCCAUCAACAACUGGCAGGUCUUCUUCCCCAUCCACUUCCAGGACUACAACCCAGACGUGGCCUACCCCAACCAGCAGCCCCCGACCACCGUUGACCUGGUGAAGGAUGCGGGGCACUUUGACCGCAGCGUCUUCGACGAGGCCUGCUUCUACAACUCGGACUACAUGGCCACGCGGACCCGCAUGGCUAGUGAUGUGCAGGAGAAUGAGGAGAUCCUGGAGACCCUGGAUGUCUACGACAUGUUCAUCAAGUACUCCAACCUGCAUGUGUUCAGGGCGGUGGAGCCGGCACUGCACCAGAAGUACAGGUACCAGGUGUGUAACCCGCGCCUUAGUGAGGAGAUCUACCACAGGUGUGUACAGAGUAACCUGGAGGGGCUGGGCUCCCGGUCACAGCUCGCCAUGCUACUAUUUGAACAGGAGCAGGGCAACAGCACCUGACUACAGACCCAAACCCCUAACCAUCCAGAGGGUGUCCUCUCGUUCUAGAGGGUCGCUGGACACUUUGAAAGUUUACAAAUGCAGUAAAUUUCCUGAGGAGUUCUGAUAUGUUUACAGCCCCCCCCCUCCCCCUCCC